CAAAGUACAUCGACUCAUCAGGGAGACACCUAUCAGGCAAAUGUUCUUGAAGAUUUGAAAUACCUAUUUUUUUCUAAGGCCAGGUGGUGUGAAUGAGGCAGGUGAAGAUGAUCCGACACCUGGUGAUUUUUCAAUUUCUUAUUCAGAUACAGGCAUUAGUAAAUGGACAGCCCAAUGGACCCCUUAUGGACAGAGUGAUCAGAACCCUUGAAGGUCCAGCAACAACUCUAUUUCAGUUUGACGCAACCAACCCCAACUCAGUUUCGUUUGCUUUAGAAGGAGAAGUAGAAGGUAUUUUUGAAAUUCUAAAUCAAGGAUUACUCCGUUCUACAAAACCCCUUGACCGUGAAACCAAAGCAUUGUACAAACUAAAGGUUAAAACACUAAAUGCCGCAGGACAUCUCGUUGAAGGGCCAUUCUCUGUUGAUAUUAUUGUUGAGGAUAUCAAUGACAAUCUGCCAGCAUUCAACCAGACUGAAUAUUCUGGUGAAAUCCGGGAACAAUCAAGGCCAGGAAAACAAAUUGUCACGGUUUAUGCCACGGAUGCUGAUGACCCUGAGACGCCGAAUGGGCAGCUAGUUUAUAAAAUCACGCACCAGAUACCAGACCCAUAUAAAGUCAUGCUUUUCCAGAUUAACAACAAGACUGGGACAAUCUCCACCACACUAAACGGAAGCGUGCUCUUGAAAAAAGAAACCCAUGAUCAGUAUGAGCUGCUUGUUAUUGCGAGUGAUGUAUCGUUUAGUGACAAUGUUAAGGUGAUAAUUAAAGUGACUGAGAAUAUCUGGAAGACCCCAAAACCUGUUACUAUUGUGGAAAAUUCCACAGAGCCUCAUCCUAUGAAAAUUACCCAGGUCCAAUGGAAUGAUGACAGCGCCAUUUAUGAACUACAACAAAGAGAAAGGUAUCCGAAAUUCCCAUUUUCCAUUGAUAAAGAUGGAAAUAUUAAUGUGACUGAGCCACUGGACAGAGAGGAAAGAGCUCAGUAUAUAUUUUAUGCUGCUGCAUUGAAUGAAAAUCGCGUUCGUUUGGCUCUACCUGUUGAAAUCGAGGUCAAUGUUGAGGAUAUUAAUGACAAUCCUCCAGUAUGCCCAAGUCAUGUGACUAAUUUUGAAGUUCAGGAAAAUGAAGGACUUGGGGAAUCAAUUGGAACUUUGACCGCCACAGAUAUAGAUGAAGAAUCUUCUCGGAAUUCUCUGUUACGUUACCGUCUCGUGUCCCAAUAUCCUAAAAUACCUGAAGAUGGAAUGUUUCGCUUGGAUCAAUACACUGGAGUUUUUCAAAUAAUUAAAAAUGGACUGAAUAUUAAUGACGUUGAUCUAUAUGUACUGCGUGUGAAUGUGUCUGAUGAAGGUGUAAAUCCUAGUGCUCUCAGUACACUUUGUGAAGUCCAUAUAAAAGUAAUUGAUAUCAAUGACCAAAUUCCCAUAUUUGAAAAAUCAGAUUACGGCAACCUGACUCUUUCUGAAGAUACACCGAUGCAAGCUAGAGUAUUUGAAAUACAGGCCUUUGAUGGUGACCAGCCAUUCACUGGGAGUUCUGAAAUCAUUUACGUUAUAGCCGAAGGGGACCCACUGAAAACAUUUGCAAUUGACACUGAUAAAAAAACAAAUAUAGGAUCGCUUAAAAUAGUACAUCCCCUCGAUUAUGAGUCCAAAGCAGAGUAUAAUCUUGUGAUCCACGCCAUCAACCCAGAGCCAUUGUUUUCAGGAGUCUCAUACAAUGACAGCUCCAUUACUCGCCUAAAAAUCAUUGUUACAAAUAUCGAUGAAAGUCCUUAUUUUGAAGAAACCAUAUACCAAACACAGAUAAAAGAGGAUGUCCCUUUUGGAACACUGUUGACUAAGAUAGUGGCCAUUGAUCCUGAAGGUGAUGACGUAAUUUACGUAUUGAACGGAGACAGAAGGAAGUGGUUAUGGAUAAACGAAACGACGGGAGAAAUCUAUACUAAUGCUAUACUGGACCGGGAAACAGAACCUCAUUACUAUGUGGAAGUAACAGCUAAGGAGAGAAGAAACCCAUCAAUGAAGUCGUCUGUAUCUUUUCAAUUGUUCCUGGAUGACGUGAACGACAAUGCACCAAAACUUGCGAACGGUUACGCUGGAGCUGUGUUCUGCCAUCCACUGAGCAAUAAAGAGUCUGUGUUUGUAGAGGCUGUUGAUGCAGAUACGAGUCCAAAUAGCCGUAGAUUUCGAUUUACUCUUGGUGUGGGUGAAAACAUAACCAGAGACUGGACAUUAUCAUUUAUUAAUGGUUCCCAUACUAAGCUUAACAUGAAACACCAUGAUUUUCCAACUGGCAUUAUACGAGUUCCAAUAAUUGUUAAUGACAAUGGAAAACCUCCCUUAGAAUCAACAGUCUAUGCCUCAGUGACAAUUUGCACCUGCUCAUCUGAUAACAAGUGCUCAUCACCUCCACUGGAUGACUUCGGUAGGCCAUCUGUCGGAAUGGCUCUCGGAAUUUUAUUUGGAGUUCUGGCAGUUAUAGGUAUUAUUGUUGCAGCUGUGUUUAUCUCAAUAAACAAGAAAAAGAAGAACACGCCCAAGAAAGUUGAUAAAGUUGAUGCAACCAGUCCUACGGAAACCAUCACUCUGGCGUCUUAACGCCAGGGGUUGUGAUAUCAAUGUAAAAGGAAACUAGGAUAAGAAACUAAAACGAGAAUGGUUUUGGUAAUAAUCAAAGGUUUAUACAAGAUUUUUUGUGUAUAUUUUUAUGUCAUUUAGAGACAACUAAUGUAAUUAAUGAGGCCCAUCUAAAAACAAACAUAUAGUGCAAGUCUGAGUUUUUGGAGACUUCUCACUAGAAAAAAAAAGCCCACGUAGACUUUAUAUUGCUCAUUUCAUUGCUAGUGUCUGUAUAGUGCCUGUUAAAGGGCAUUGUUUGUGCCAGAAGACAUUGAGUACAUUUAUUUUGAUAAUUUCAUACUUGAAGGCACCAUUUGCCACCUGGAGGUCCAUGAGAUGAAAGUGUUUCCUGUAGUCUUCUGUAUAGUCUCUAAGGACCUUGGAAGCAAUAAUUAGAUGUUCUAUCAGUUCAUUGUGAGAAAUCUUGGCAGCUUAUACUAUACAUCAUACAAUAAAAUCAACUCUCAAAAUUCUCA